CAUUCAGUCAGUUUUCAGUUUUUCCACAAUGACAAGUUACUUCGACCAGCUGUGAAAUAUCUUAAAAUUGCGUCUCAAUUAAUAACAAUUGCGCUUUAAAACAUUACGCGUCUUUGUUCUUAUUCGGUAUUUACUAAGAUCUGAAGGAUAACAGUUCGAAAUGGCAUACGCUUACUUGUUCAAAUACAUCAUCAUUGGCGACACAGGUGUGGGUAAAUCAUGCCUGCUGCUACAGUUCACGGACAAGAGGUUCCAGCCAGUGCACGAUCUCACCAUCGGAGUGGAGUUCGGAGCGCGCAUGAUUACCAUUGACGGCAAGCAGAUCAAGCUGCAGAUAUGGGACACGGCUGGGCAGGAAGCUUUCAGGUCGAUCACCCGGUCAUACUACCGCGGCGCGGCGGGGGCGCUCCUCGUGUACGACAUCACGCGGCGGGACACCUUCAACCAUCUCACCACGUGGCUGGAGGACGCGCGCCAGCACUCGAACUCCAACAUGGUCAUUAUGCUGAUCGGCAACAAGAGUGAUCUGGAAUCCCGGCGCGAAGUUAAAAAGGAGGAGGGCGAGGCGUUCGCCCGCGAGCACGGCCUAGUCUUCAUGGAGACCUCGGCGAAGACCGCCGCCAACGUAGAGGAGGCCUUCAUCAACACCGCCAAAGAGAUCUACGAGAAAAUCCAGGAGGGCGUCUUUGACAUCAACAAUGAGGCGAACGGCAUCAAGAUCGGGCCGCAGCACUCGGGCGGCGGCGCGGCGGGCGGCGCGGGCGCGGCGGCGGGCGGCGCGGCGGGCGGCGGCUGCUGUUAGGCGCGCGCCUGCACACACUGAGCCCAGCUGGCACGUCUAAGGAAUGGCGCAGCUGUGUGCAACGAACAUUGGUACGAAAUUUACUGCAGGACAGAUCAUGUAUUAGAUUUAUUUCAGCGCUGCAAACUCGCUUGCAUCCGGACACUUUAAAAUUGUAGCAUGCCACUCGGGCACUUCUAAUACUUAUAGUACAAUAAUACAGUGUGAAAGGAAUGAUAAUGACUUAACAUUCACAUGGUUUGUAAAUCUCGGGGGUGCUAACUUAACUAUUAUCGUAUUUGUUAGGGCUAAAGUCUGCUUUCCAUACUAGUUCAGUGGAAAGAUGAUCUUUUUUAUACGUAUCUCUUAUAGUAAAAGAUAAUAUUAGUCCAAAUGUGAACGCAUGUUACAUAUUUUUGACUUAGGACUUUUUCUAACUGCAAAAAAAAGAGGUGCUUCCAAAACACAAUUACAAACUCCUAGACUUGUAUGGAACACCGACUGUAGGCUUUACAAAACUAUUCGACUAUAAUCACUUCGUUAGCGUUACUGGUUCCGAAAAUUGUUAUACAAAGGUUGCCUCGAUACAAACCUGGCGAUACAAAGGUUGACUCGAUUUAUAGAAAUAAUUGUAAAAUUAAAGUCUCAAAUUAGCUCGUCUCUCCUGUCUGGUCUAAUAGUGGACCCACAGCAUGGCAAAAAGAAUAGAAAAUAAUAGGGGCGCCACCCUCUACGUAAAUCGUUUUGCAUGUGGCAACUUUUGAGUCACUUUUGUAAGAGAAAAGUGUUGCUAUGAUAAAAAAAUUUGCUCUAUUUAUACUCUUUUUGCCAAGCUGUAAGUCUUUUUUCCUAGAUAAAUAAACCCACUAUGGCGACCGGAAAGCGACUGGCCUUAAUACUUAGUAAUUGUAAGACUUACAGUACGAGACAAGUGUGUACUCUAUGACUAUUUGUAGAGCAUUCUUA